CCUAGAAGGACCUUAUCAUUGUUUCGUACUAUAACAGUGACAGUAGUUAACGAAUAGCCAAAAUGUUUGUGUUCGUGUUAGCUGCUCUCUAUCUGUUUGUCACAGUAAGGUGUGACCAGGGUCAACCGGAGGUUUUGUUGUUUAACAAAGUGGACACAAACCACGACGACAAGUUGACCAGGGUUGAGCUAGACGACGUCUUCCUUCUCUUCGACAAGAACAAAGAUAACGAAGUAACGCCAGACGAAUUCACAGACGGCUGGGUGAACGUUUUCCAGAUUGGCAGUUCCGAUGAGGCUGGGACACUGUUUACACGUGCAGACACAAAUGACGAUGGAUAUAUCGAUAUGAAAGACAUUCCCACAAUAUUUUCAUUCUUUGACGAAAAUGGAGAUGGUUCAGUGGAUAUCGAUGAGUUUCUUACGGAGAUGGGAAAUCUGGAGUUGAGCCCACCCGAUGAGUCCAACGUCUCGGUCGACAUCACCGGCUAGCCUGAUAGGCCUCUUCUCCUGCGAGUUUGCUUUGAUAUUUCUCUGGCUGCUUUGUCAUGUUCAUACAAUACAGAUAUUUAAACUGUU